AUGGUGACCUUUAGGCAGCUUGAGAUACUGUUUGGGUUCACUAUGGAGAAGGUAACCAUGGAACAUCAAGGAAGAAGAACUCCAAAGAGUUGGGCUACAAUCGCUGAAGAGGGCUCUUGCCAACACCUUCUUUGCAAGGAAAGCCACUGGACAAUCAAUGAGGGAGAAGUGAAGCUCCUUGACAUGGGAAUCAAGCCCAUCAUCUCACGCACAAGGAUGGGAAGAAGAUCAGAGGAGAUAGGGCACACGCAGGGAAUCUCAUGCCUCUCCUUGAGCAGCUCCACCUACAAGGUCACAGCUUACAACACUAGGCACCAAAGAGGAAGAAAGCUUAGUGUUGGAGGGGUCAUCACACCAAUUCUUUGUGCAGCUGGAGUUCAAGUGGACAAGAGAAGGUCUACUCCACCAGGUUGGAUGGACAUCAAGUUUUGCAAGACCAACCUCCUCAUUGAGCACAAGGAGUUGGAUGGGAGAUUCCAAUUCAAGUUCACACCCAUUGGCUGGACCCUCCAAGCUUCUUCUGCCCAACCCUGA